CGACCCUGGAGCGGGGCCCGUGCGGCUAUGUGGCUGGGCGGGCGCGGGCGGUUCGGGGUUCUGGAACGGUGGCACUGCGACUUCCGGAGGCUCAGCUUCGCCAGGAUUCAGGGUGGCUGUAAGGGACCAAUGGCAGAAACGCCCUCGACCCAGGUCGAGGCGGCGGGCGGGCUGAGGACCCCGAAUCAGCAAAAUGGAGACGCGGGCGGCGACGCGAAGGGUGAGCAGCUCCCAGGACGCCCGGAGCCGGUGGAGCCGGCGCCGGGAGUAGGGGAGCAGGCCUCGGCUGAGGCCCUGGGUCCGGGCAAGCGGAAGAAGCGACGGGGCGCAGCCGGGGAGCGCGUCGUGCCGACCCCGAAGAAGCGGCGGGCUGGGGUGAGUUUCGGCGAUGAGCACUUUGCUGAGACCAGCUACUACUUCGAGGGUGGCCUGCGCAAAGUGCGGCCCUACUACUUUGAUUUCCGGACCUACUGCAAAGGGCGCUGGGUGGGCCACAGCUUGCUGCACGUCUUCAGCACCGAGUUCCGAGCCCAGCCCCUGGCCUACUACGAGGCCGCCGUCCGGGCGGGCCGCCUGCACCUCAACGAGGAGCCGGUACAGAACCUCAGCAUCGUGCUCAAGGACAAUGAUUUCCUGCGGAACACAGUGCACAGGCAUGAGCCACCAGUCACAGCAGAGCCUGUUCGCCUACUAGCUGAAAACGAAGAUGUGGUAGUUGUAGACAAACCUUCCUCCAUUCCCGUCCACCCCUGUGGCCGCUUCCGACACAACACAGUCAUCUUCAUCCUGGGCAAGGAGCACCAACUCAAGGAGCUACACCCGUUGCAUCGGCUUGACCGCCUUACCUCAGGGGUGCUUAUGUUUGCCAAGACACCUGCAGUGUCUGAGAGAAUUCAUGAACAGGUUCGGGACCGGCAGCUGCAGAAGGAGUACGUGUGCCGGGUGGAAGGGGAAUUCCCAAUCGAGGAAGUGACCUGCAAGGAACCCAUCUUAGUGGUAUCUUAUAAGAUAGGGGUGUGCCGUGUAGAUCCCCGGGGCAAGCUCUGUGAGACAGUGUUCCAGAGGCUAAGCUACAAUGGCCACUCCAGCGUGGUACGGUGCCGACCACUCACAGGCCGCACCCACCAGAUCCGAGUCCACCUCCAGUUCCUGGGCCACCCCAUUCUCAACGACCCCAUCUACAACUCAGUUGCCUGGGGUCCCUCACGAGGCCAGGGUGGCCACAUUCCCAAGACAGAUGAAGAACUGCUGCGGGACCUGGUGGCAGAGCACCAGGCCAAACAGAGCCUGGAUGUGCUAGAUCUCUGUGAGGGUGACCUGCCCUCAGGUCUCACAGACUCUACGGCCUCCUCCUCAGAAUUGGGCAAGGACAGUCUGGAAGAGUUGGCUACAGCUGCCCAGAAGAUGAAUGGAGUAGUUGAGGCAGCCCCUCAGGAUCUGGGCACAGUGGCCGUGGCACCAGGGAAGGCUACUGAAACAGAUGUCAUGAAUCAAGAGACAGACCCACUCUGCCCAGAGUGCCAGCUGGUGCGACAGGAUCCCUUGCCCCAAGACCUUGUGAUGUUCCUACAUGCCCUGUGCUAUAAAGGGCCAGACUUUGAGUACUUUUCACCAAUGCCUGCUUGGGCACAGGAUGACUGGCAAGAAGACUGAGGGCUAUGUCCAGUGGAGGGAUUGCUUCUUGGUUUGGGCCUGUAAUGGGCCAUAGGGCAGGGUUUGACUCCAUGGGCUGGUGCUCAAGGUUUCUGCAGGAGUGAGGUUGGACUUUAAAGGGAUCUGCUCAUACUCGCUACCUCCUUCCUCUUCUUGCAGCUAGAAUUUAGAGACUUUUUGGUUUGCAAAUAUAUUCCUUUUUCUAA